AUGGCUGCAACAACCACGGCGGCACUGGGCAAGGCCUCCGCGCUUCCUAUGGCACUAGCAGCGCUACUUGUGGCGGCGGUUCUUGCACCGGGUGGGACCGCAGGCCUCAGCAAGCUGACGCUCUUAGAGGGCCCGGAUUGCGGCGGCACAGCCACAACCCACCGAUGCGGGUACCACCGGAUCCCCCUCGGCGGGGGAUGGAGAUUCCACUACGAAGAGGGGCACCCCCUGCUCAUCCUGACGUUCCCCGUACGCGGCGGUGGGCGCAGGCUGCUCUCGCCCAUCGCCAGCCGCUACGCUCGAGACGCCGUCGUAUGCGGCGUCAGGGAGACCCAGUUCGCCCAGAUGACUUGCUGA